GUGUGCAGGACAAAUACUGACAGGCUAAGACUCAGACAGUGAGAAAGAGGGAGCUUGCAGCACCUGAGCAGCAGCAGAAGCAGCUUCAUUAGCAUCAGGACGAAGAGUCUGUCACUGGCAGCCACACUGGGUAUCAAAUAUAUAAACUGCUGCUGCCGCUUGUGGAGUAGCACAGGGAGGCUACAGCGGAGGGAAACAAGGCUAGACCCAAAGCUCGAAUGAGAGGAUGAGAAGCGCUGCAGUCUCCUGACUCGCACUGGAAGUGAGCCUCAGUACCUGCAGCGACAGUCUGAGCACUCACUGAGCUAUCAAGGAGACUAGAGCAGACGGGGAGAGAGUUGCUGAGAUUAUGCGCGGGGCAGAGAGCUCCUGUGGAUUCCCCAUCUUUGGCAACAGCAGCAGCAGGAGCUGUAGCAUAACAAGGAGCUCUGACUCCAAAGACAUUAUUUUAUUCAGAGAUUAUGGUAGCAUUUACAGCCAAGGUGUAACAGGAACCAGCUGUCACAGCCACAGUGUUGAAUGUAGCCUGAGUAGUUACGGUAGCUGCAGCACUGGUGCAAAGGUGACCACAGCAGUGCAGUCAGGUGUAGUUGUAACAGUAGUGGGAGGCGCAGUGGCUCAGGACACUGAAUGACCAGUGUGGCUGAUGAAGGCCACCUGGAUCCGCUUGCUGAAACGAGCCAAGGGAGGUCGCAUCAACAGCUCCGAUGCCUGCGGUUCGGCCGACUCCUACACCAGCCGUCCAUCAGACUCCGAUGUGUCCCUGGAAGAGGAUAAGGAGGCUUUGCGCAGAGAGGCAGAGCGACAGGCCCAGGCACAGCUUGACAAAGCCAAGACCAAGCCAGUUGCAUUUGCUGUUCGCACAAAUGUCAGCUACAGCCCGAGUCACGAUGAUGAUGUCCCUGUGCCCGGCAUGGCCGUCUCCUUUGAGGCUAAAGAUUUCCUCCAUGUCAAAGAGAAAUUUAACAACGACUGGUGGAUAGGACGUCUGGUGAAAGAAGGCUGUGAAAUCGGUUUCAUCCCCAGUCCAGUGAAGCUUGAAAACACUCGUAUCCUCCAAGACCAGAGAGCCAAACAGGGCAAGUUCCACUCCAGUAAAUUGGCAGCAAACUCAUCUUCUAGUUUAGGUGAAGUGGUUCCUAACUCACGAAAAUCUACUCCUCCUUCGUCUGCUAUUGACAUAGACGCCACAGGCUUAGACCCUGAGGACAAUGAGCUACCCAUCAACCUGCGCUCCCCUAAAGCCAGUCCAAACACUGUCAUGUCACCCCUAGCAAAAGAGAAACGAAUGCCCUUCUUUAAGAAGACGGAACACGUUGUUCCAUACGAUGUUGUGCCUUCCAUGCGGCCCGUGGUUCUGGUUGGACCAUCACUGAAGGGCUAUGAGGUGACAGACAUGAUGCAGAAAGCACUGUUUGACUUUAUGAAACAUAGAUUUGAGGGAAGAAUAUCAAUCACACGUGUCACAGCGGACAUCUCUCUUGCCAAACGCUCAGUCCUGAACAAUCCCAGUAAGCAUGCCAUCAUCGAACGCUCCAACACACGCUCCAAUUUGGCUGAAGUCCAAAGUGAGAUCGAGCGGAUAUUUGAACUGGCACGGACGUUACAGCUGGUGGUUCUGGACGCUGACACUAUCAACCACCCGUCACAGCUGGGGAAGACUUCCCUCGCCCCCAUUAUUGUCUAUGUCAAGAUCACCUCUCCCAAAGUGCUGCAGCGGCUCAUCAAGUCCAGAGGAAAGUCUCAGGCCAAACAUCUCAAUGUCCAGAUGGUGGCAGCUGACAAGCUGGCUCAGUGCCCUUCUGAGAUGUUUGACAUCAUCCUCGAUGAGAACCAGCUAGAGGAUGCAUGUGAGCAUAUGGCUGAUUACCUAGAGGCCUACUGGAAAAGCACUCACCCCACCAGCUGCAACACCCCCAACCAACUAACGAAUCUGCCCACAGACACCCUGCCCUCCAGCCCAACUCUGGUCUCUGGUGUACAGGGCAGCAGUGCAGAGCAGAAAGGAGAUAAAGCCUUAGUGGAGAGGAAGGGCUCCAGGGAGGAUCACCAGCAGCACCGUCACCACCACCACCAGAGCCAGGACCAGGCUGAUGCUGAUGCAGAGGCUGAAGGGGAGGGCAGUGUGGAGAAGAGGCCCCUGAGGACAGAGUCCUCCAGGAGGGCCCAGCACAUCCAUCACCGGUCGUCUUCCACCAGGACUGAGCACCACAACCACCAGCACCGCCACCACCACAACAGUAGUCGAGCCAGGGGACUUUCCCGACAGGAGACAUUGGACUCAGAAACCCCUGAGAGCCGAGAGAGCAAGGACUCUGCUUAUAUUGAGCCACACCCUCAGCUCCUCCACCAGGACGAGGAUGAAGAUGAUGAAGAUGAUGAAGAUCUAGGGGAGGGGCACCCCCAGCAGCAACAGAGUUAUGAGCCGCUGCCCCACCGGGACCACAACCACCAUCACCACUGUCACCGUCAUCGCAGUGGGGCUGAUGAGGCCGGACACAGCACGGGACACCACCACUCCAAAGAGCGUGAACAGGACCAUAACGAACGCAACAAGCAGCGCUCUCACCACCAUCGGCUGGCACGUGACCACCAUCGCUUCUAUGACCGGGAAAGAGACAGGGACCAAGGGGGGGAAGUGGCUCCCAAAAAGAGGGGUGAGGCAGGGGAAUGGACCAGAGACUCCUACAUCCAUCAGUGACAGACCAGACUUUCUUCUUAAAACCACUCAGUUUCCCAUUGUGCUGCUAUAACCUGAAACCACAGCAUCCUAUUUAUGUACACCCUCUUUGUAAAAGCAGUUGCAUCUUUUUCAGUGGCAGGGUAUUUAUUACAUAGAUACAAAUAUAAAUACACGUAUGUGUGUAUCUAUGCAUAGACAUUGUUUAUGUGUGGAUAUGCAUGAAUAUUCUCAAAUAUGCAUAUUUUAAACCCGGUUUGAUAAAGAAUGACACAAAAGCAGAAUUAUUUCUGUACUGAGCUUAUUUUUAUUGCCAUUAUUAUUAUUAGUUUUUUUUUUUUAAUUGUGCUUGCUACCACUUGAAUAAUUUGUUCCUUCUGACUACUGCUGGAGUCACUUACCAGGGUUGACUGAUCAAGUUUGUUUGAUUCUUCAUUUGCAGAAGACUUUUUUUCAAUAGAAUAGUUGACAGUUUCGGGAAUUCACUUGUCUUUUUUGCUGAGUGAUAAACUUAGUUGCCAGUUUAUUAGAUACACUUAGCUAAAACUAUUGCUCUUUAUUACAACAGUCCUGGAAUAAAUCUUCCUUCAUGAAGAUGAUCAACAUUUAAAGUUUUAACAAAAACUGAACAUUCAUGAUGGGAAGACAUUGCAGAAAUGUUAAUUUACACUACAAUGGAUUUUGCUAGGGGUGGCACAGCAGCAUGGUAGUUAGCACUGUC